GCAUGAUGUUUAGGCUGUUGGUGUUGUGAACCCACUCCCCAGCAUGCAGACCAGGACUGUCUCAUUGUUCCUGUCUGGCUGUAUCCAUCUGUCAUUUCUUGAUUUAUAGAUCGUGAGGCGAACGCUACGAACAGCCCCGGAGUGGGGCCUAGCCGUGACCGGAAGGAGUCACUCAUGCUCCCGGAAGUAAUUCUGAACAGAGCCAGAGCCAGACGCUACCGUAGCUGAUGUUGAGUGGGCCGGAAGUAACUAUGACAGACCGGAAGGACCCUACGCGAUCCCGGAAGUGUCCCGGCGCGGGGAACGGAAGAGAAGGCCACGCUCCCCGGCGAGCAUCCAAGAUGGCGGAGGUGGGGGAGGUGACCGAGGGCUGCCGCCUGCCCGUGUUGCGUCGCAACCAGGACAACGAAGAUGAAUGGCCCCUGGCUGAAAUCCUCAGUGUUAAGGACAUCAGUGGCCGGAAGCUUUUUUACGUGCAUUACAUUGAUUUUAACAAGCGUCUGGACGAAUGGGUGACCCAUGACCGGCUGGACCUGAAGAAGAUCCAGUUCCCCAAGAAGGAAGCCAAGACUCCCACCAAGAAUGGGCUGCCUGGCUCCCGGCCCGGCUCCCCAGAGCGGGAAGUGAGGAAGACCUUGGAUCUGUCUCUACAACCUGCCUCAACUCCAGCCAGCGGUAAAACCCUGCCCAUCCCAGUGCAGAUAACGCUCCGCUUUAAUCUACCCAAGGAGAGGGAGGCUGUUCCCGGGGAGCCCGACCAACCCCUCUCCUCCAGCUCCUGUGUCCAGCCGAACCAUCGGACAACGAUGAGAAGCUGCCCCCGUGGGGGAUGCUGUGCAGGGGCGGAGGACUGUGAAGCUUUGCAGCAUCCCAUGAGGAUGAACCAUUGUUUGGGUCUGUUUCAGAAGCGGAAGGUGGAGGUGGUUUCCCCAGCAACCCCCGUCCCUGCUUCCACAGAGACCACUCAAGCCUCUGUGUUCCCCCAGAACGGCUCAGCCAGGAGAGCCGUGGCUGCCCAGCCUGGCAGGAAGAGGAAAUCCAACUGCUUGGGCACAGAUGAGGACUCUCAGGACAGCUCUGACGGCAUCCCCUCAGCCCCGCGCAUGACGGGCAGCCUCGUGUCGGACCGCAGCCACGACGACAUCAUCACACGCAUGAAGAACAUAGAAUGCAUCGAGCUGGGCCGGCACCGCCUGAAGCCCUGGUACUUCUCACCCUACCCGCAGGAGCUCACCACCCUGCCUGUGCUGUACCUCUGCGAGUUCUGCCUCAAAUACGUCAAAAGCCUCAAGUGCCUGCAGAGGCACCUAACCAAGUGUGACCUGCGGCACCCGCCUGGGAAUGAAAUCUACCGCAAAGGCACCAUCUCCUUCUUUGAGAUCGAUGGGCGCAAGAACAAGAGCUACUCACAGAACCUCUGCCUGCUGGCGAAGUGCUUCCUGGACCACAAGACCCUGUACUAUGAUACUGACCCCUUCCUCUUCUACGUCAUGACCGAGUACGACUGCAAGGGCUUCCACAUCGUGGGCUAUUUCUCCAAGGAGAAGGAGUCAACAGAAGACUAUAAUGUGGCCUGCAUCUUGACCCUGCCCCCAUACCAGAGACGAGGCUAUGGCAAGCUGCUCAUUGAAUUCAGCUACGAGCUCUCCAAGGUGGAAGGGAAGACAGGGACACCAGAGAAGCCACUCUCAGAUCUCGGGCUCCUCUCCUACCGCAGCUACUGGUCCCAGACCAUCCUGGAGAUCCUCAUGAACCUGAAGUCUGAGACCGGGGAGCGCCCACAAAUCACCAUCAACGAAAUCAGUGAGAUCACCAGCAUCAAGAAGGAGGACGUGAUCUCCACGCUGCAGUACCUGAACCUCAUAAAUUACUACAAGGGCCAGUACAUUCUGACGCUCUCAGAGGACAUAGUGGAUGGGCACGAGCGGGCAAUGCUGAAGCGGAUCCUGCGCAUUGACUCCAAGUGUCUGCACUUCACCCCCAAGGACUGGAGCAAGAGGGGCAAGUGGUGAGAGGCAGGGCCUAUCUGCCACCCACUCCCCCAUGGCCCAUGGGGCCUCACAGCCUUCCAGCUAACGUGCAGCUCCUGGGAGUUUAUCCCAGGGCCGGGACAGACUGGGCAACAGCAUCUCCAAGGGUGAUCGUGUGCUCUGCCACAGGGCUAGGCUGGGGCUGCAUCGUUCUCCGGCCGUGGCUCGAGCCCCCUGGGAAGGGGCAGAGGCCCCCAUGCUGCUCUCCUUGUCUCAGCACCAGGGUGAGGGCCCCAUUUGUAUGUAGGACUUGCAUCUUGCCAGGCCACCAUGGACAAUGUGGGAUGUGACCGAGGAGCCCAAAGGCUGAGAAUGAGUGGCCUGGGCUCUCGGCAGCUGGCCAGCAUCUGAGUUUCUCUGUCACUCGAUCUGAGUUUUUGAUAAAGAUCCUGGAACUAAAAUGAUUGAUCCUGGACCUUUUAAAAUCAGCUAGAGAAGGAUGAGGGGGUGCUCAGGCUGCAUUAUCCUCCCCAGGGCUGUGCAAUACCCUGAGCAGGAUCAGGCCUCGGCUCCCAGGGAUUCUGGGGCGCAGCCACUUCUUCCACUAGUGAGCAGUGUCCCUGCCAGCAGCAGCUUCUGUGUGUCACAGCUGCAGCCCUCCCUGUGCAAUGAACACACCCAAAGCUUGGCAGGGUGCAGGCUGUGGCCAAACACAAGUUUAGGAUCUCAAAGCUGCUAUGCUCCCCCUGCCCUGGUAGCAUCUGUCUCUCUCCCUGGGAGCAGCAGUUACAGCAGGAUCUGGAACCAGAUGUCCCCCUGUGCCGGGGGCGGCAGCACCGAGCAAUGGACAGGUGACGGGCUGAUUGCCAGUGGGUCAAGACGCUUUGGGCUGACCACUAAACCCUUCUCUCCCCCCCAGCUUCUCUGGCAGACUCAUGGUGCUGAUUCCUGUCCCGCUACUUCGGCCAAGCCUCUGGGCCUGACUAGCCUUGCCCCACCCUCCCCUACAGGUGUGGCAACAGCCCCACCUGCAAACAGCAGCCACACAGUGGAGUUAGGCCUUGCUAACAGGGUGCUCCCCCCAGAAAGUAA